UUAUUAUCGUUUGAUUUUCAUGUACACAACAUCUCUUGCUUUUUCUUCCUUUGAAAGCCACAUAUUCAAUCAGGUACACCUCUCUCCAGAUUCCAUGAAGCUUUUUCUUUUGCUCCCUAUAAAGUUUCAGAAUCAAAGCUAAAAAAUAAACCUGAAAGAGAAGUUGAGGAUUCUUUUUCCUUAGAGUCCUGAAAGGACCUUGAAUUUGGAGUCUUAGCAGUGGGGAGAGAAAGAGGUACUUAUGAUGCUCAGAAACAGAUCAAGACCAGUCACAAAGCCAAGUUUGAUGGGUGAUCACACCUCUUCUCAACAAUCUCCAAACAAAAACUAUGUUAGGACUACCCCAUCUCUAUUUGGAUCACAAAAAUUGAGAGAUUUCACCAUGAAGUGUCUCUCAGGAGGAGCUGAGGCUUUGAGAAGCCCCACAUCAAUUCUUGACACCAGAGCAUUAUUAUCCCCACAUGGGAGUCCCAUAUCACCAGCUAUUACCUCCCAAAGAGUGCACUCCAAAAACACAUACUCAUGGGACAAGGUUGAUUCAAAAGGAAUUGGCCUUGCUCUUGUGGGUGAACUCAAAGAUGAUGAUGAUGAUUAUGACGCUAUUCAUUCUGAUCCUCAUAAGCCAAACAAAGGGAAAGUCCUGUUUGGAACUAAGUUUAAGAUCAAAAUUCCUUCCCUGCUUCCAAAUUCCCCUUUUGAGUCUAAAACAUGUGCUAAUGCUGAUUUUGGGGCCAAAGCGAAGGAUUCUGAGAAUUUAGGAACUUAUAGAAAGGAUUCUGAUUCUCUACAAGCUGUUCCUGCUGCUACUGGUGUUAUGAGAUUGAGCGAGAUGGAGCUCUCUGAAGAGUACACAUGUGUGAUUUCACAUGGAGUUAAUCCAAGAACAACUCAUAUAUUUGAUAAUUGUGUUGUGGAAAGCUACUUCUCUCUGCCCAAUAACCAGCACUCUGCUGCUUCAGUGCAUUUCCUUAACUUUUGUUAUACUUGCAAGAAGCAUCUUGAACAGACAAAAGACAUCUUUAUUUACAGGGGAGAAAAAGCCUUCUGCAGCCAAGAAUGUCGCCACCAAGAGAUGGUGUUAGAUGGAGCAGAAAAUUAAGAAUCUGAUAGAUGCUAAAUGACCAUUUUUCACUCCAAUCUCUUGCAAAUUGAUGAGGAUAACCCAGCUUGUCACUAUUUUCAAUCUUGGUUAGGAAUUCUAGAUAAUAUAGUUCAUUGUGACCAGCUUAUUCUUUUUCAAAUUUACAACUAUUUUUAGUUUUGUUUUUGUCCUUUUCCCCUUCUCCCCUGAAAAUAGAGAUAAGAGGGUGUAGAGUUAUUUUCAAGAAAUGAGAGUAAUUCAGAUUGCGUCUGGUUUUCA